AUGGGAGUUGCUAAGCAACUCGAUAGAUGUCUUUGCGUGGAAGCACUCCGAUAUGCAGGGAGUCCCCAGAUCUAUGGCACAACAUCACCUAAACGUAAAAGAGUCAAUCAAACCAAUAGCACAAAGGAAAAGGCACAACAUCACCGAUCACUCCCGUUCAUGGAUGUGCUCAGAAAAAGCUUUAGAUCGGAAUUCAGAUGGACGGAAGAGGUCGCACGAGCCUUUGAAGAGCUUAAAACUUGUUUGGGCACCUUGCCAACCCUCACCGUACCAGAAGAAGAUGAGGUAUUAACGGUAUACUUAGCCGCAUCAUUCGGAGCUAUCAGUGCGGUGUUAGUUGCACACCGUACUGGGAAGCAAAUUCCCAUUUAUUACGUAAGCCGAACGUUAAAAGAUUACGAAACAAGAUAUUCAAACUUGGAAAAAUUAGCCCUGGCUUUAGUCCAUGCUUCAAGAAGACUUCGCCAAUACUUUCAGGCUCAUCCAAUUGAGGUGCGAACAGACCAAAGAAUCCAACACGUUCUCCGACGACCCGAGGUUUCGGGUCGAAUGGCCAAAUGGGCAAUUGAAUUAGGCGCAUUCAACAUCACCUUCCGAACCAAAGGUCCAUUGAAAGGACAUGUCAUAGCAGAUUUCCUAGUUGAGAUACCGGAAGAUAGCAGAACGGAAGAAGUCGAAAAAGCUCCAGAAAAACUGUGGUCCUUGUAUACCGAUGGAGCUUCUAGUGCUGAAGGAGCAGGAGCGGGCCUAAUUCUCACCGAUCCGGACGGAACGGAUAUGACGUAUGCGCUCCGACUAGAAUUCAAGAGUUCAAAUAACGAAGCCGAAUACGAGGCCCUCCUGGCUGGCCUGCGCCUAGCACUGAAAGUCGGAGCAAAAAAUGUCAUAGCCCACGUAGAUUCGUUACUCGUGGCAAAUCAAGUGAACGGUGAAUACGAGGCGAGGGAAGCAAACAUGGUUGAAUAUCUUGAACAGAUGAAGCAAGCUAUGGCGUCAUUCGAAGCAUGUAAGGUCGAACAUAUUCCUCGCAGCAAGAACAAGAAGGCCGACGCUUUGAGCAAGUUGGCGUCGGUAUCGUUCAGUCACCUGGCAAAAGAAGUAAGAGUGGAAGUCUUAACCACGCCUUCGAUCUCUGCUCCUCACGUUAUGCAAGUAGAAGCUCCGGCACAAACAUGGAUGACGCCCCUAAUUAACUACUUGGUACAUGAUGUUUUGCCAAUCGACAAGGCCGAGGCAAGAAAAAUACAGAUUAAUUCUCUCCAGUACCAGAUGCAGGAGGGAGGCUUAUACCGAAAGACUUUUCUCGGACCACUGUUAAAGUGCCUAGACCCGGAGCAAGCUAGUUACAUCAUUAGGGAAAUACACUACGGCAUCUGUGGUAUCCACGCCGGACCUAAAAUGAUUGUUACGGAAGUCAAGAACGCAGGAUAUUACUGGCCGGGGAUGCAUGAAAGCGCCGUAAAAGAGCUCCAACAGUGUGAUGAAUGCCAAAGGCACGCGCCAAUCAGCCUCUGA